AUGGCGACAGGAUUUAUGAGCUUAUGUGACCAAAUUUUAGCAGCAUCAUCUUCUCAAACAUAUUAUGAUGCAUCGAAAAAACCGCUCAGUACCUUGCUCAAUGAAAUGACAUCUUAUGUCACUACUGCUGGAACAAUAGAAAAAGCAGAUGAUUCAAUUAUUUACGGGCUUCAAAUACUUCUGUUGUGUGAUGUAGAACGAGUUCGAGCUGCAUCACUUCGUGCUCUUCGUUAUUCAAUCCAUCGGGCAACUAUUUUUGAUAAAUUUCUUGAAUGUCGUCUUGAUUUUCUUGUUUGUCGAUCUCUUACGAUUGAUUUACGAAAUGCUCGUGAACGUUUAGAAGCAUAUAAACUUAUUCGUCGUUUAUUUCUUUUAUAUCCACAACGUAUACCUCAUUCAUUUGUCUAUGUUCUUGAUGCUAUUGUUGCAUCAAGUUAUCCCACAUCAAUACCUCGAACUGCAAAUUCAACACCUAUAAUACGAACUGAUCAAAUGGUUAAAUGUUGUUUAGAAUUAUUAUGUGAAAUAGCACUCCAAAAUCCACAUAUAUUACAAGAAUGUAAUGCAAUAAAUACAAUGUUAAAAUUUAUUGUUGAUGUUGAACAAGAUGAACUUCGUCAAAGUGUACUUUAUGCAUUAUUACAUGCUGUUGAUCGUUUUACAAUCAAUGAUAAUAGUGAGCCAACAAUAAUUGAUUCAGUUGAUUCAAAUGGUCCAGCUUUAGUACUUGUGGAUGAAGGAAUGCGUGACCGACAUGAAUUAAUUGGAAAUAUGUUUAGUCAAUUAUUAGCAAUCUUUUCAUUAUGUGAAAAAGGAACAUUGAAAACCGGUGAUCGUCGCGCAAUGUCACCAGCAGCAUUUGAUCAUCUAAUUGUUAAAGAACCAGAUAAAUUGAAAACACUUAAAUCAUGUGCAUCAGCUAUGGAAACAAUUUUACAUAGUUGGAUCGGUUUUACGGCAUUUUGUCAAACAAGAAAUUCAUCUAUACGUUUGCUUGUUAAUUGUUUACUUGUACAAUCUGAACCAAUGAAAAUGCUUAUUCUUGAUUUAUUUUAUGAAUUACUCAAUCUUGAUGUGCCAGCUGUUUGUGAUAGUUAUGAAGCAGCACUUAGAUCAAUGUAUCCAACGUGGAAUCUAACAACAGUUGAAGAAGGGUAUACAUAUGUAGCUUAUGAAGGAGCUGCUAAACUACCUCGUUUAUCAUCUACAAGGUAUAUUAAACGUAUUCUAAGUGUUCUUUUAUCAUUUAUUUAUAGACCGGACUUGCUUGAUAGUCAUAUGGCAUUAAUGCUGCUUACUCUUAUUGAUGCUGGCUUAAUUGAGGCGGUUAGUGAAUUAGCAUCGAGUGAUAACUCGAUAUUAUCUAUUCGUGCAACAUUACUCUUGGCAAAUUUCAUUUGGCUGUGUAAUGAACAUUUACCUGAAGAGCAAAGUUUUCUUUUAUUACCUCUAUUAAUGGAUGUUGCUAUUGCUGAUGAUGAUAGUAUCAAACGAAGUUUUGCAAAAGAAGCUAUGCUUAAUAUCAAUGCAUUCUUUGAAUUUAAACAACGCACACGUCAUAUACAUUCAUUUCAAUUAGCACAAUUAACAUAUCAUGCUCAACAUUUAAAUGAUUAUUUUACAUUACCACCAAAUGUUGGUGGAGAAACAAAUCGUCGAAUAUCAACAUCAUCGUCCAAUGAUCCUACAUCGCUCUUGAAAUGGUCAUUCUCAACACCAUUUCGGACGUUAAAUUUGGUUGCAGAAAAAAUCGACGCUAGUAUCCGUAAUACAAAUACAUUACAAACAGAUAAUUACAAAAGAUGGAGCUGGGAUUUAAUAUUAGCUUUAUUAAAAGAUUUUCCAAAACAAGCAAAUCAAGUUCAAGGAGAACUCUAUGAAAUGUUUCUUGAUAAGUUAUGUGAUUUUUUCAAACCGGAACUAACUGGUGGUUUUAAUGAUAUUCUUUUAAUUGAUUCCCUAUCUGACGUAACUUGUCGAACUUUAUUAGCAUUUUCUGAUCUUCUUGUUUAUCCAGCUCGAUCAUCAUCAAAUCAUAUUAAAGUUAUUGCAAGUAAUAUUGCUCGAAUACUUUUAACAAGCGUUAGUAAUGCAUUACAACAAUCAAUUGUUGCAAUGAGAGAUUGUCAUGGACGAGCUGUAAUAACAGAACAUGAUUUAUUGUUAAAAAAUAGUGUUUAUUAUUAUUUAUUUCUUGGACGUUUAAGUAAAUCAUCCGUUGGUACACAAGCAUUAAUUGAUAGUGAUAUAUUUAUUCGGCUUUCGGAAAUGUUGAAAAUGGAUGAUGAAUUUGCUACAUCAGCUAUUGUUGCAUUAUCUUCAUUUAAUUAUUAUUAUGAAAGUCCAUGUCGAACUUAUUUAAUGCAAGCACUCAAAUCACCUUGCAUGGCACUCCGUUUAUACAGUACAAGUCUUCUUCGUGUAAUUCUUCGUUCAAAUCCAGUUGCAUUUGGUAGUUGGGGUUUAAGUCUGCUUAUUUCACAAUUGCAUGAUAGUGAUCAAACAGUUUUAAUCGAAGCCGUUUCAGUUCUUGAUGAAGCUCUUGAAGAUAGAAGAUUAGUAAGCUUAUUUUAUAAACAAUGGGAAAGUGUUACUUCAAUAAAAAAUAAAAAUAGUUUUUUAUCAAAAAUUUUUCAUUUGGCUUCUGCACGUAUAAGUUCAAUACCAUUUCAUCAUGUUCCACAUGAUGAUAAACAUUUAUCAAUGUUACGUGAAGAACUUGCAUAUUGGGAUUCAACAUUUAAUGCUGAAUAUGUUACGUUAAUUGAAACAAAAUUAUUUUCAGCUUAUUCAGGUGGUCCUUUAUUAACUGAUGAUUAUUUUGAAAGACGUAAAUCAACAUCAUCAGCAAGUAAAUCUAAAACGAAAAAGCCAACUACAUAUAUUUCAUCACAUAUAUAUAGACAAUUAUGUCUUCAUUAUGAUGGAUUUCGUUUAUUACGUUCAGAAUCUCGUUUAGAAAAAUAUGCAAUAGAAUUACGACAACAUCGUACUAAUUGUGUUAGUCUAAAUGAAGCACGUGUUAUUAAAGAAGCACUUUGGGCAUUAGCUCAUACAGCUAGCACGGAAUAUGGUUAUAGUUGGUUUAUGGAAAAAGAUUUAUUACCAGAUUUUUUAAGAUUUGCUGAAGAAUGUCAAAAUUUAUCUGUUCGAGGUACGGCAUUCUAUGCACUUAGUUUAAUAGCGCAAACUCCAGAUGGUGCCAUUUCUUUGAAAGACUACGGUUGGGAAACAUAUCGUGUUCGAUCUCAUUCAGUUUCACCAUCGGCAGCAUAUACUGAUACAUGUCAAAAUGCUGAAAGACGUAUUUCAAAAGGUGCUACAACGCCAUCACCACGUAAGAGUAUUUCAUUACAAGUAACUCCACCAGGACCUUCAACAACUAAUAAUUUAUCAGAUAAUAAAACGAAAAUUGGAACAAAUGAACCAGUACCAGCCGAUGUCGUACCUAUAACUCGUUACAAUCCUCGUCAUGAGACAAGUUUAUCUGAUGUAAAAUCUAAAAGAUCAUUAACUAUGCCUUCAACAAUUUUAUUAAACUCAAAUGAAAAAACAGAUGUGCUACAUGUUAUUAUACCUGAAGAAAGUGCUCCAGCAACACCAACCAGUAAUAUAGCAAUGGUAUCAUUUUCUGAUUGUCUUGAACCUGGUGGUCCUCCAUUAUUUGUUAGUGUACCUAUACGUCGUUGUUCAAGUAUAUCAAAAGAAUUAACAAGUACAACAUGUCGUGAUUCAGGUAUAGCUAGCGGAGCGACAGGAUCAUUUUCAGAUGUUGAUUAUUCUCGUUCACCAUCUUAUCAAACAUAUCCAUCACAUGGUCAAUCUCAAUCAGCAGCUGAACAAUCAGCAACAGAUAGUUUACCAUUAGAACGUUUUCGUCCACGAUCAAAAUCUGCACAUCAAUCAAAUGCAUUACGACGAUCGAAACAAUUACAAAAAGUUCCUGAAGUUAUUCAAGCAUUACGUGCUCCAACAGCUGGUCUUGGUGGUGCAUCAGAACCAUCAGCAACGGAUGAAUUAUAUCGAUCACGUUUAUUACGUUGUAAUUUUCUUUUAAAACCAGAUGCAGCUGGUUAUGAAUAUGCAAGACGUGUACAAAAACUAAGUCAUGCUACAUAUUCUCAUUUAGUUAAUACGAAUUAUACUGAUUAUUAUACAGAAGAUAUAUUAUUAAAAGAAAAAAAAGAUGAAUUCUUAUUACCAUUUCAUAGAUUUACCUCAAAAUUCUAUAAAAAAAUUUAUGAAUCACAUGGUUUACGUGAUCAACAAAUUGAUAAAUUUUUAUCAGAUGAUGGAAAAUAUUCUACGGAUCAACGUGAUAUAGAUGAUGCUGAUGAAGAUGGAAAUACUAUUUAUCGUGGUUUAGCUGUACCUGUUGAUAUUCGUCAAGUUGUAGAAAUUUCUGAUGGUUAUAAUUUAAAUUAUGAAACAUGGUCGGAUCUUGUUCGUUCUCGUUCACGUGGAAAUACAAAUGCUGAUCAAGCACGAACACGUAGUGCUACUGGAGCAUCAACGGGUUCUGGAGAAUUUACGGCAAUACCACCUGCAACUAUAUCACAAGAUCAAACAAUGUCAACAACAAUAAUUGUUCCAACAAAUCUAAUAUCAUCAACAUUAUCAUUAAAUAUUUGUAUGAUGUGUACUAAUAAUACAACAAAUCUUACACCACAUGAACAUUCCCAUGUAACUAUGCAAGCAGAUUUUGCUGAUGUCAAAGCAUUAGCUAGUCGUCUUAUUGCUGCUAUUCAUACUGAUGAAGUUGAAAAAAAACUUUUAAGUUGGAAAGAAAGUCGUCCACAAAUAUUUGAUAAUAUUUGUUUAUAUUCUGAAGUAUGUUAUAUAUUAUCAUUGAGUAGUGUACGUGUAGCUGCUCAACGUUUUCUUCAUGAUUUAUUUUCUGAUUGUCAAUUUCAAAAACUUCGUAAACGUCGUCGUCAAGUUGAUAGUUUAACUGAAGAAGAUGAUGACAGCUUCGAUACAAGUACAAGUUCAUAG